AUGUACCACCCGACAUCUCUCUACUACUCCGCGGUACCGUCAUGUACAGACAACAGUUGCAUUGAUUUCGGAAUUUAUGGUAUUGAACAGAAUGACUGUUGUCUCGAUCUGAACUGUAUUGAGCCAUCAUUGGUCCCUGAAGAACAGCAAGCAUACACCUAUGCUACUGUUGCAUACAAUACUGGCAGUAGUAGUGUUAAUGAUGCAGUGAUCGAUAAUACAGACCAGGUGACCAGUCGGACUUCACGUCGAACAAUCAAGAAAAAGCGCACGAAAAAGGAUCCAAAUGAACCCCAAAAGCCUGUUUCAGCAUAUGCUUUAUUUUUUCGUGAUACACAAGCUGCCAUAAAAGGAAGGAGUCCAAAUGCCAGUUUUGGCGAAGUAUCGAAAAUUGUUGCAUCGAUGUGGGAUUCGUUAGAUUGUCAUGCAAAAAAUUUGUACAAACAGAGGACAGAAAUGGCAAAAAAAGAUUACCUGAAAAAACUUGCUGUCUAUCGUGCUCAGCAAAUAUCGCGCAAUGAAACAGUUCAACCGAUAUUGGUGUCGGAAAAAGGAGGACCACCAGCAGUGGAAACAAUGAAUUCCACAAGCUCAUCAAGCUUAAAGCAAGAAGUAUCUACUGCAAUAGGUGAAAUGACCCUGGCAAAUUUGAUUGCCCGUCCACCAUCAACAAACUUUCCGUCGCUUUACCUUAAUCAACGUACUUUCAAUGAUGUAAAUCAACAUCCGACAUUACUCCAUCAAUAUACAACAUUCGGCUUCGAUUCCAUCUCGUUAAUCAUUGAAAUAGUUGGCAUUAUAACUACUGUAACUACAUGUCUUAUGAUGCAUUUCAUUCUGAAAAAAUCCUACGAAGAUAUCGACCGGCCAACAUUUCAUCAUAUAAUCCAUGAACAAUAUUAUAGUAAACAACUGGAUGAAUUUUUAAAUGAACAAGAUAGAAAGAAUGAGACGCAAGCAACUAAGAAAGUAUCAACUGAACAAAGAAAAACGCAAAACAUGGAACAAGCGGUAACGUCCUCUUCGAGACAACAUCAAGUUUCAAGAUAA